AUGGAUAGGACAGACAAUGACGAAGACAGUUUUCUUCAAUAUCUAAAUAGUCUUGAGGAUAAUGGGAACAAUCAAAGCAGCAGCGAUAUACCAACAAGCUUUAAAACGCCGCAGAUUUUAAAGUCACAAAAGAAUGACAGGAAUUACUUCGGAGUAAAGUCACAAGCAGUUAUUCAGGCAUCUAUUUUUUUGACUAAAAGAACCAAUACUAUUACCGUACCAAAACCUUUUAAAUUUUUGACGGCUGAACGUGCUCAAAGAAACGAAGGUAUAUGUAAUGUGUCUAAUGACGCAAAGUCACCAUAUACUCCGUUAGUUAAAAGAAUUCAAGCGUACUUGGAUGAAACACCGGACCGGUUUAAACCACAACCGCCUGUUGAGCUGCCACAAUAUAAAUAUUCGUCGACCGUUGCUAAAUCUCCUUUUCUAUUAACCAAAAUAAGAGCUAAACCGACUUCAGUGCUGCCAACCGAAGAACGUGAAGCUAUUGAAGCUGAAAAACACGAAUUUAGGGCGAGGCCUGUAAAUCGACGAAUAUUUGAGUUUGCGGGUGAAUUAGGAGUUCCGACGAUCGAAAAGCUCAUUCCAACGAUACCAGAAUCGCCAAAAAUAACCAAGCCCAAACCAGUACCACCUAGAAAGCCAUCUCCUCCGCAUCUCGUCAAAGCGAAUCCAGUGCCCGAUUAUGAUAAUCCUUUUAGGCCGGUCAUUGAGCAUCGAAAAUUGUUCCCGCCCGAAUUUUCGUUGCCAGGUGAUGAAAUAACAAAACGAAAAGUGUGGGAUCGAGAGGAAAGGAUUAAGCGAGAUUUGGAGGAACAGGAAAGAGCAAGAAGAUUUCGAGCGCAACCUCUUCCAAGUGAUUCUCCCGAUCAUUUUCCAAGACCACCGCAUCAAACACCAACACAACCAAAUCCUUUUAUUUUACAAACAGACAUACGCGGAGAAGUAUAUCAACAAUAUUUUCAAGAAAUGGUGAAUCGUUCGGAACAAAUCGAAAAGGAGAAUAAAAUAUUCCACGCGAGGCCGGUUCCUAAUUUCGACCAGGUCAUUCCACCGCCCAAACCCGAAAAACAAAAUCCUACUGAGCCUGUGGAAUUCAAUUUUUUGACCGAUUUACGAAUUGAGAAACAUAAACAAAUUGAGGAAGAACGCAAAAGGAGAGGAACGGAGGAAAAGAUGCUCAAAAAGGAGAAACAGAGAGAAGAAGAGGUUAGAAGAGGAGCUGAAAUUCGUAAAUUGCGCUCAGAAUUAGUACAUCAUCCUGAACCAAUCAGGCGGUAUACUCCUCUGAAAAUCGAGCCAUCAAAAAAAAGACUUACAAAAGCAACAUCUCCUCUAAUUGGCGAAAAGCGACGACGAUAUUUAGAAGAAUCAUCGAAUCUUUCAAAUCUUUCAUUCUUUUCACCUCUUAAAUCGACAAAAACAUCAACAAUAAUGAAUGAUUAUAAAUACAACUACGAUCAAGAGCAGUUGCAAUUGACAAGCAUCUCUGAAGAAAAUAACAGCACGCAAACUUCGUUGCAACAAGAAAAUUACGAUCAACUGCAACGAUCUCCGUUUACUGCUCGUACUGCUACUGCAACUGCAAAACUAAUGGAAUUGAAUACUAUUGAUGAAGAAAACCUCUCGGAACUGUCUGAAGAGUUCAGAAAUCUCUAA